AGAUAGGACUUGGUAGUUAAAUCGACCACAUUCAUUUCUUGCUCCUAACUAGCUAACCUCUGAACCUCACACACAAAAAGAAUAAAGAGAGUGAAAGAGAGGCAGAGUUCAAUUUCGCAGCCAUUGUUGUGGGCGCUCUGGGCUUGUCAGUUCUGAUACCACACAUCAAGUUUGCUGGAUAUUCGAUGGGCCUUUCUUUUUCAUUACUCUUGUCUGCAUGGACUGCGAUUCUGGGACACAAGUUUUUCGGCUCAAAGGAUACUGUCGAAAAGAUUGUUGUAAGGUCCCUCAGCUUUGCAAGGAAAGAUGGAGAAAUGGGUUCAAGGACAAACAGCUUCAAGAAAGAUGUUUCAGAAACCAUUGGAAAGUGUGAAGGGUCAGAUAAAUUGAGUUUUGAGAGAUCAUUAAGCUUUAACCACUGGGAUUCCGAUAAAAUCAAGGCUAAACCAUCCGAUUCAUCCAGAAGUUCAAACUCUCUAAAGAUAAAAGGUCAUGAAACAGUCCACAUAACAAAGCCUACAAUAUUACUCCCUGAACCACCUGUGAUCUUCUUUUCUCCAAGACCUAUUAGUGAGCUUGAUGCUGCUGCAACUAAACUUCAAAAAGUCUACAAGAGUUACAGGACUAGGAGGAACCUUGCAGAUUGUGCAGUUGUUGUUGAGGAACUUUGGUGGAAGGCCUUGGAUUUUGCAGCUUUGAAAAGGAGCUCGGUAUCAUUCUUCAACAUUGAGAAACAUGAAACUGCUAUAUCUAAGUGGGCCAGGGCCAGCACAAGGGUUGCUAAGCUUGGAAAGGGUUUAUCCAAGGAUGAGAAGGCUCAAAAGUUGGCCCUGCAACACUGGCUUGAAGCUAUCGAUCCACGCCAUCGUUAUGGACACAAUUUACACUUCUAUUACGAUGUUUGGUUUGACAGCAGGAGCACACAACCUUUCUUUUACUGGUUGGACAUUGGUGAUGGUAAAGAAGUAAACCUUGAGAAGUGUCCAAGGAGCAAGCUUCAACGCCAAUGCAUUCAAUACCUUGGACCAAAAGAAAGGGAAGCAUUUGAGGUGAUUGUAGAAAGUGGCAAGCUCGUGUACCGCCAAACCGGAUUGCUUGUUAACACCACGGAUGAUACGAAGUGGAUUUUUGUGUUAAGCACUUCAAGAUCCUUGUAUGUAGGGCAGAAGAAGAAAGGUGUUUUCCAGCACUCAAGUUUCCUAGCUGGAGGAGCUACAACAGCUGCUGGAAGAUUAGUAUCAGAAGAUGGGGUUCUACGGGCAAUAUGGCCUUACAGUGGUCAUUAUCUCCCUACUGAGGACAAUUUCAAAGAAUUCAUUAGUUUUCUUGAGGAGCAUAAUGUAGACUUAACAAAUGUUAAGAGAUGUUCAAUAGAUGAUGAUGAUUCUUCGUUCAAAGUUACCGAUGAAGGGUGUAAACAAGAGGAGAUGAAGGAAAUCACCACGAUCACAUCUACCAACACAACAGCUAAUGAGGUUGAUGGGCCUAUUGAUAAUAAUAAUAAAAAGACAACCAAUGAUCAACAGGACAAUAUGGAAGCUAAUGCAGCCAUGUUGCAAGCUCCAGCAUUUGACCUAAGCAAGCGUUUAUCAUGCAAGUGGGCAAGUGGAUACGGUCCCCGUAUUGGAUGUGUGAGGGACUAUCCAGCUGAUUUACAAUCUCGGGCACUAGAGCAAGUCAACUUAUCGCCAAGGAUCAAUCCUGGCCUUGCAGGGAGUUGUGUUCCGAUCCCUUCGCCGCGGCCGAGCCCAAAGGUUCGAGUCUCACCAAGGCUUGCAUACAUGGGACUUCCUAGUCCAAGGGUUGCGGUUUCUACUCGUCAAAGAGUUUGAAUUUCACCAAAUGGUGAAUUACCAUGGUCCAUGGUCGUCAUGUUUUUUUGGAUUUUUUGAUCAGCUAAGCUCUUGGCCUUAAAAUGUUCAAGAGGGCUGGAGACCCUUCUGGUGCCCUUCCAAUCAGUUUCUAGAGGGGGAAUAUUUAGGUGAUAAUUAACCCAUCAUUCUUUAUUCUUUUAUUUAUUUCGUUUUUUCAUGGAAAUCGUAAAUAUAAUAAGCCAAAUAAAGUUUUUCUUCUUUGAAAAA